AUGUCGAAACGUAUAAAACAAGAAGAUGAAAAUUCAAGUACAGAUUGUCAAGUAUCGGUUGAUACGAAAAUUCUAUCGUCAGAUAUAAGUAAUUUUAUUCAAGCAACUCCAACACUAACUUCAUAUCCUUAUCAUACAAGUGUAUGUGGAUCAUUACUUUAUACACCACCAACUAAUAUGCCCUCAGAUAUUUUCUCAUUUCUUCGUCAUGGUAAUUUCACUGCAUUUCGAACUUCACUUGAUAAAUAUCAUAGUGAUAUUAUUCAAAUGAAGAAUGAUCAUGGACAGACAGUACUUCAUGUAUUAGUCAUUCAUGCAUAUCCAUAUGUAUGGAUACGCUUAUUAAUGAUGCGUGGAUGUGACACAUGUGCUCAAGAUGUCGAUGGAUAUACAGCUGCUCAUUAUGCUGUUGAACGUGAUGAUGUUGAAAUGUUGAAAGCAUUAACACUUCGUUUUCAUUCUCAAGUUAAACCAAUACCUGAGGAACGUAUAACAGCAAUACAUCAACAAUGUAUAAAUGCCUUAUCAUUAAAAGACAAAAAAGGUUUAACUGUAUUCAUGUUAGCUUGUUGUCGUGAAUCAUUAAAAUGUUUAAAUUAUUUAAUAGAACUUAAUAUAAAUGAUAGUAAUUUAGAAGAUAAAUGUGGUGAUACUUGUUUACAUUAUGCAAUUGCACGUCGUAAUGAAAUUCUUGUAGAAAAAUUAAUUAAUACAUGUAAAGCUAAUGUUAACGGUGGUAAUCAAACGAGACCAAGUAUACUUGAUGUAUUACAGUUUAAUCGUGAGCAACAACAAAUAUUUGAUCGUACAAAAGAUGAUAAUAUUGAACAAUUAAUUUUAUCACAAGGUGCAAAACAUCGUUGUGCUAUUCGACGCAUUACUAAAAAAAGAAAAGGAUCCAUUGAUAAUGAUGAAGCAAUUAUAUCAAGUUUAGCUUGUAUUUCACUUGAUUUAACAACAAAUGGACAAAUUGAAACAGCUCGUAUUCAUGCACGAAAGGCUGCAACAUUACAAGCUACAGGUGAUAUUUCCGGUGCUCAAGAAAGUUAUAAACAAGCAAUGAACUGUGCACCAGAUAAUACAAUUGAUUGGGCAACAUAUGCAUUUCAUGUUGCUAUUAUACAUGUUGUUCAUGGUGAAAAACAAUUAGCUCUUGAAUUAUUACAGAAAGCACUUCAUAUUAGAAAACAAGUAGAAAAAUACAGUCAAGAAAUUGAUCAAAUUCAACGAGCUAUUGAUAAUAUCCAACAACAGACAACUUGA